CAGAGCCUGCACCCUGUCUCACGCCCGCCUGCCAUCGCCAUGACGACCACCUGCACCAACAGCACGCGCGAAAGCAACAGCAGCCACACGUGCGUGCCCCUCUCCAAAAUGCCCAUCAGCCUGGCUCACGGCAUCAUCCGCUCAAGCGUGCUGCUCAUCUUCCUCGCCGCCUCAUUCGUCGGCAACAUAGUGCUGGCACUCGUGUUGCAGCGCAAGCCGCAGCUGCUGCAGGUGACCAAUCGCUUCAUCUUUAACCUCCUCGUCACUGACCUGCUGCAGAUUUCACUCGUGGCCCCCUGGGUGGUGGCCACCUCCGUGCCUCUCUUCUGGCCCCUCAACAGCCACUUCUGUACCGCCCUGGUUAGCCUCACUCACCUGUUCGCCUUCGCCAGUGUCAACACCAUUGUCGUAGUGUCAGUGGAUCGCUACCUGUCCAUCAUCCACCCUCUCUCCUACCCGGCCAAGAUGACCCCGCGCCGGGGUUACAUGCUCCUCUAUGGCACCUGGAUCGUGGCCAUCCUGCAGAGCACACCCCCUCUCUAUGGCUGGGGCCAGGCUGCCUUUGAUGAGCGCAAUGCCCUUUGCUCUAUGAUCUGGGGGUCCAGCCCCAGCUAUACCAUUUUCAGCGUAGUGUCCUUCAUCAUCAUUCCACUGUUUGUCAUGAUUGGCUGCUACUCUGUGGUGUUCGGUGCAGCCCGGCGGCAGCAUGCUCUGCUGUACCACGUCAAGAGCCACAGCUUGGAGGUUCGAGCCAAGGACUGUGUGGAGAAUGAGAACGAAGAGGGAGAGAAGAAGGAUGAGUUCCAUGGCCUGGAUGAAGGUGAGGUCAAGGCCAAGGAGGGCAGCGUCGAGGCAGAAGAGGCUGGCAUGGAAGCCAAGGAUGGCAGCAUGAAGGCCAAGAAAGGGAGCGUGGAGGCCAAGGGCAGCAAGGAGGUCAGAGAAAGCAGCUUGGUGGCCAGCGAAGGCAGCAUAGAGAGUAAGGAAGGCGGCACUGAAAGGGAGAGAAGCAUGAGGGCAGACAAGAGCCGCAGAGAGGUCAACCAGUGCAACAUUGACUUGGGUGAAGAUGACCUGGAGUUUGGUGACGAUCACUUCCACUUCAGUGAGGAUGACAUCGAGGCAGUGAACAUCCCAGAGAGUCUCCCACCCAGUCGCCGAAAUAGCAACAGCGACCCUCCUCUGCCCAGGUGCUACCAGUGCAAAGCUGCUAAAGUGAUCUUCCUCAUCAUUUUCUCCUACGUGCUGUCCCUGGGGCCCUACUGCUUUCUAGCCGUCCUGGCCGUGUGGGUGGAUGUCCAAACCAAGGUGCCUCAGUGGGUGAUCACCAUCAUAAUCUGGCUUUUCUUCCUGCAGUGCUGCAUCCACCCCUACAUCUAUGGCUAUAUGCACAAGACCAUCAAGAAGGAAAUCCAGGAUAUGCUGAAGAAGUUCUUCUGCAAGGAAAAGCCCCCAAAAGAAGACAGCCACCCAGACCUGCCCGGAACCGAAGCCGGCACAGAGGGUGGGACCGAAGGCAAGACCGUCCUUUCUCACGAUUCUGCCACUUUGCCUUGAAGUUAAGGCAAACCUUGAACUAUCCACAAUACAGAAAACAGAAGCAGCUUUCUUUUAAAUGGACCACCCACAAUCCCAUUAAUGCCAACCCAUACCAUUCCAGGCAAAGGUGUUGCACACAUUCUUCUCAGCACAAGGUAGAAAAAAACAUGGAAGAGAUAGGAACUGGAGUCUUCCCUUAAAAUUGUGCCCCUCAAAGCACCAACUUGAGGAUUCUGACUGAAAUUUCCCCCCAAAAAAUUAUUAGGUUCCAAAUUCCUUAAAGCAACAAGGGCUAUCCAUUUGGAUCUGUACUUGGUAUUCUGUCUGUCUCUCCAGAGCUACAGCAUGUCAGCUUUUGCUCUGAGGGAAAAGGAAGAUGAUGCCUGUGAAUUUAAGGACUUUUUGGCCCUCAGGUUAAGAGCUCAUGGGCAAGGGCUAUAGCCUAUGUUCAACUGAAAGAAAAGCAGCCGACCAAAUCAUUCAUGGAGCUCAAGACGCAGAACCUGACUGACUGAUCAACAUAUGAGCCAAGUUCUAGACUGAAGAGCCCCACAAUCUGGUGUCAAGACUGUUGAUGGAAACUAAGACAAAGGGUAUCGUGCAGUUAAAAUGCCAAGAAGGUGUCUAGAUCCUCUAAAGGGAUCCAGAAAAGCAGAAGAGCUUAAUAGGGCAUGUUUGAAAUGGGAAGCUAGUCCAAGGGAGAAGAUAGAGAAAUAACACACAUCCAUGGGGCUAAACAGUUGACUUUUUUCUAUAAAACCCUGGGUUUGUGCAUGGGCUGGGACCAAGGUCAUUCCAUGCAAAUGGAAAAUUGUCAAUUGACACUAAACUAUUUUCUGUCUUCUAUUUGAAUAAUAGACAGAAAUCAUGCCACUAUUUUACAAUUUUCCCUUUGUGAUUGAAUUGGAAUGCUCAUAAGAAUCCUCCAAGUCUCCUCUGCCACUCACUUGUGUGUGUGUGUGGUUUCUUUUUCCAAAUAGACCUUUUUGGCCAAACAGUAUUUCCAGAAAAGAGAAAUUCCACUAGGAGUGGCCAAAGUCCUACAAAACUCAUACUGCCAAUCAGUCAAGAGUGAUGUGCCCAUCAGAAAUCUCUUGUGUCUUGAGAUCAUAGACAAGAAAUAUGAUCUCCACAUGGGGAGCAAGUAAGGCAGGAUAGACAUUUUCUUCCUCCAGGCACACCCAUGUGUCUUUUCCACCUGUGGCUCUCUAAAGCCUUUCAGCUCUCUGCAGAUGUGGGAGAGAAAUAUGAGAGUCAGAAGUAACAGAGAGGAUGGUUUCUCAAUAUCGGGGAAGCAUCCGACCUAUUCCAAACAAUCCUAAAAUCAAAGCAUUCAGGUCAGACAUAUCCUAAUUAUUGCUGUUGAAAUAUAUCACUUUGGGAAAACCUUUGCAAUAUCUAAAUUAUCCCUAGGAUCGAUACAGAAACAGAGUUUUCAAAUCCCAAAUGCUGAAAUCACUUUGGGUAGGGAUAUACCUGUGUAUUUCUGAGGGCACAGACCCAUCAACGUGACCAAAUAACAUGGAACCAAAAAAUGGUUAAAAUAGCGUUUUUGGUCCUCCUGAAUACCAAAUUAAAGCAAAUUUAUGGCCAGUCAACUGUUCAUGCAGAAAUCCAAUGUUACUAUGGGUGGAGGGAGUAUGUGGUUGAAAAUGGUUAAUCAGGUGGUUGUAUAUAAAGAUGGCCAUAUUCAGAGGUUAGCCUCAGUCUUGUGUGAUUACCAUGUCUAUAUUAGAACUCAAAUUUCAUUCGUAUAAGUGCCCAGCUCAUUUAUAUUUUCUUUAUCUCUUCCUCCUUUAUCUCACAGAUUCCAACAUGAGCUUCUCAAGGGGGAGAGGUAAACAGCAGUGUAUUUGGGCUGUGAAUAAGUCUGUGUGGGCAUUUGGGAUAGCCGUGUUUAGAAUUUAGGGAAAGG